AAUAAACUCUUAAGGCAGAUAAACAAUAUCGAAACAAUAAUUUAUGAUAACCUCUCAUAAGUGAUAAAGAUAGACAAGUAUUCAGUGAUAGCGUUGAACUAAAUUCUUUUAAACCCGGCUGUUAAGAUAAAACUUCAUUUUACCAUUGAGUUCAAUAUAAAUAGGCAUAUGACUCUGAGGAUAGUAUAUUAUUCGAACGGGAAGUUAAUCUAUUUGUGAAUGUUUUUAAGUGCAUUUAAACCAAAAGUUAUAAGGCAGUAUGUGAUAAAUAUAUGAUGUGUUUUGAAAACGAAAGUACCGAGAUGCAUGUGACCUAAUUGUACAUGUGUGGGGAAUAUUGAUGAAUACUUCACAAAACGUAUAAUAGUUUCACGAGACGAAGAAGGAGGAAAAUAGGAGUCACCUCUUUUAUCUUAGAUGAUGCGAAACUUAGUCAUUCUAUAGAAGAGGUGUUAUCAAAAACUUAAGGAGAUUUAUCCAAGAACUUGGAGGAACGACUGCAGAGAUGGAUGGACCGUCGUUCGGAUCGACUCUAGAGUCAAACGUAUCGUCGAGAGCCGCAGCCGGUCGGGGUCAUGCGCGGGGUCCAGAGGAACCACGGCAAAAACUGGUGAUCCAAAUGCCGUCAAAGAUUGAGGUCGAGUAUCGCAAGAAGAAGGACUACCGCCAUCGUCCAUCCAAGAAAGUCGUCCUCAUCAAAUGGAUCUCGACGUUCCUGCUAUUUGUAUUGAUACUGGGAUUUGUUAAUUUCAGCAAGAUAUCGGUUAUAUCCAUUUCAAACCGUAUGUUCCAUGCAGGAAAGGACGGCCAUGCUCCGGGGAUGUUUAUUAUGCUACAAAUGAUGGCAGUCAUACCUCACAUAUUCAAUUUCAUAAGGGGUAUUAUGCGGGGAGCUUUCCGUAAGGACAUUCCAUGGCCGUCGAAGAGGUCAAUGAUAGCGGCGACAGUGGUAUGUCUUCUGGAAUCCGUUGGCAUCGCCAUCUUCAUUUUCAAAAUCCCCGGAAUCAACAAUAAACCAGUGAUCUCCGUUCUUCUCAUGAUGUGCGUGUUCAUUGCGCCGAUCUUCUACAAUCUUGUGAUAAGCUUCCUACUUGGACGCGAUGCACAGGCAAGGGAGAAGUUCAGAUUCCUAAUGGCGCUUCUGUUUGAAAUUGGCGGUUGCGGAUUGACAGGUUACCUCUGUUUUAAAGAGACGAGCAAAAUUGAAGAUUACAUCAUGACUCCAGUCGCUGUUUUGUGUUUAUCAAUUUCGUGGACGCCUGGUGUUCAAAGGUACCUACUUAAUCUAGGAGAGGAGGACGUGAACGCGUACCAAAAUAUAGAAGACACCGAAACCGAACCCCUGACCGAGACAAUUGAAACAGUGUCGGAUGUAACUAGCAGCAGAGUGUCGUCUGCAAGUGGCUACCAGAACAUGAGUGACACUCAAAGCACAAUUCGUACAAGUAUCCAGCUAGCAGACACCUAUCCACCAGGAAACAUUGCCAGUCCUCAACCUUCCAAAUCAUCUCUACACACACGACCAUCUUGGAAGCUAACCAUCUAUAUGUCGUUCUUAAAAGCGAUCCUGAUAUAUGGCAUAUCUAUGAUCCUCUUUCACUACUCGUCUCCCGACGGGAUUACGGGGAUUAGUGAUUAUGGAAAAGGUUGGGGACAACUAAAUUUUUCCGACCUUAGCUCAUCGUACUGGAUCUUCUUUUUUGGAAAUGUAAUAGGAAGUUUGUUUGGAUACUUCACAGCUUAUAUAGCAUGUACAACCUGUAUGCAGAAAUUCGGAUUUUCCAUACCGUUGACCUUUAUCAGUUCACCGAUGGCGUUUGCUUUGCUAUACCCAGGCGUACUAUGUGAUAAGAUAGUCAUUACAACAGAUAUUACCGAAGCUUCGCAGUGUUCCAUAGAUACAUUGGAACGAAACAUAGCAAUCGCAGCCUUGGUGUUACUGGUCGUCGCACAGUUACUAUCAACCGGGUUUAUUCUCAUUCGGUCAAACUCGGUUGUCAUGCUCAAAGAAGACCAGCUGUUCUGGACACCAAUGUACAAUUCUGCUUUGCUGGAGCAAUGGCUGAUGCUGGUCAGAAAGAAUGAAUACCACGACGAAGGCCAUCAAAACCCGACUGAAAAAGCCAAGCGGUCAAAGAUUAUUAUAUGUACAACGAUGUAUAGAGAGGCUGAUUAUGAGAUGAAGCAGCUCCUGGAGUCUAUACAAGGACUUAAUCUCGCACAAGCAAAAGGCAACCGGCACUUUGAGGCCCACGUGUUCUUUGAUGGAGCUGUUAAGGACAGAAACCCGACGGAGUUUGUGCUACAACUGGUUUCACUUGUUGAAACUGUGCUAGGUGUGAAGGCAGAACACUGUACAAAAAACUCCACCCCGUACGGAAUCUCGUUGUCAUGGCAACUAAAGCCGGGUGACAGCGGGAAGGGCAUGGUGUUCCGAAUCCACCUUAAAGAUAAUGUGAAGGUGAAGAAUAAGAAGAGAUGGAGCCAGGUGAUGUACAUGUCAUAUGUUCUCGACUUUCUCCUCAAACAAGACAAAAAUGCAUCGGAGGAAGACUGUUUUGUCCUAACAACUGACGCGGAUGUCAGGUUCACACCUGACUCUGUGGAAGCCCUCCUUGACCUCAUGACCCGAGAUAACACAGUCGGGGCGGUGUGCGCCAGGACCCACCCCCUUGGGAGCGGUCCGCUUGUGUGGUACCAGGUUUUCGAGUACGCGAUUGGUCACUGGUUUCAAAAGGCGGCAGAACAUGUAAUUGGAUCAGUUCUCUGUUCACCCGGAUGUUUCAGCGUGUACAGGUGUCGAGCUAUCAGGGAUAUUCUUCCCCAGUACGCGACCAACGUGGAACACGCUUUCGACUUCCUCACCAAGGACAUGGGGGAGGACAGAUGGUUUUGUACACUCCUGGUCCAGAGUGGAUGGCGUAUUGAGUAUUGCGCCGCGUCUGAGAACAGCACACAUUGUCCCGAAGACUUCGACGAGUUCUUUAAACAGAGGCGUCGCUGGGUGGCGUCAACAUUAGCCAACCUGAUGCUGCUCAUCAAGGAAUGGAAUAUCAUUUCCAAGUUAAACCCACGUGUCUCCAUCAUCUUCCUCGUGUAUCAGGCGAUCCUUCUAUUUGCUACACUGAUUGGUCCAAGUUCGAUCAUUCUGAUAGUUACAGGUGGUCUGAAAUACGCUUGGAACAUCGGAGUUACGACAAGCGUUGUAUUGCAGGUGCUUGUUACCGUUGGUUACGCAGCUACGUGCCUACUGACGUCAUCAAAGACACAGCUAAACGUUGCCAAGCUGCUAACAUUCCUGUACGCUGUAAUCAUGUCGGCUGUAAUGGUCGGUACAGCAGUUCAAAUUGCAAAGGACUUCAGCAAAGACAAUGAUGCUGUUAUCAAUAAAGCAGCCUUCCCCAUAUCAACUACAACUCUAUACCUCGGGGUCAUGAUAGGCAUAUUCCUGAUAACCGGAAUCCUCCAUCUUGGGGAGUUUGUAUUUCUACUUCACGGCGCUUGGUUCUUUCUCUGUAUUCCGGCUGGCUAUCUCAUCUUGAUGAUCUACAGCAUCAGCAACAUCACCGAUCGAUCUUGGGGUACUAGAGAAGUAAAAACACACUCAGUGCGGGUAGCUAACAAAAGCUGGCAAGAUACUCUGACAAAGGGUUUCACAUCCUUUUUCUUCUGCUGUUUUAAAAAGCCAUUAACUUCUGCGACUUCAAGCACACAAACCGAGGCUCCGCAAGCUAAGAGUACGCCUAUGAGAACAAUGUCAUUGGAUGGGCAAACCGCGCCAAAGGAAUUCCAGUCAAUGGCAGACGAGGAGCAGCUCACAUCUCUCCAUUCCUUCGAUUUUAGAGCGUCUAUGAGGAGCACUGUUGGAGGCCUUGGUGACAUCCACGAAGAAGCGAACGAAGGCGGAGAUCCUAACGAAGAUUUUGAAGACGACGACGAGGAUGAUAUUGAAGACAAAGUACUGAAAGUUGAGGAAUGGCUUCCCAGAGAAACCAGGGAUACCCAAGCGCAACAGGAGUUGGUGAAGAAGUUUAAGGAGCAUGGAUUUGAAAAUACAAUAUUCAUCAGCAGAAUGACAGAAAAGGAAUUAAAAGAUGUCGGUGUAAAAAGAGCUGGUUUAAAACGUUUUUUGAUGGAAAAUGUCAAGUGCCUUCCAUCCUAUGAAAUUCAGGCAUUUGUACCGAAAGACGUUGAAGAAUGGCUUGAUAAUAUAGGACUUGGAAUCUACAAGAAAAACUUUAAGAGGGAACAGAUCAAAACAUCGAAAGAUAUGGAGAUAUUGAAGUCCUUCACCAGGGCUGACAUCGAGAACGACCUAAAAAUCAAGAAGAUCGGUCACAUCAAAAGAUUGCUGUAUGCUAUAAGCAAGCUGAGAAAUCCAACCGCAACCGAACGGAAAAUAAUUGAUGUUCGCGAAAGGCUGAGCAAACCGACCAUUCACAAGCUCAGAUCUAUUAACAGAGAUGAAUAUGACUUCUGGGACAAUCUGAGGAACAUCUGUCUUCUUCCCCAGUCCACAGCGUAUGGAUUGGAGGAGGAUCUUAAAGCGAAGCUGGGUGACCUACGUAACGCUUGGUUGAUGGUGUUUGCUGUCUCGAACGCUCUCUGGAUGGUCCUAAUCUACACGUUAGCAAACCAAGGGGAGCUACUCAGUGUGGCGGGGAGUAAUCCUGUCGGUUUGGUGGUUUUGGUUUUGUUUUCAUUCGUACUCGUAAUACAGUUCCUGGCAAUGAUACUGCAUCGUAUAGGCACACUGACACAUUUCCUUGGUCGGGCGCCUUACAGCGUAAGCGAUAAAUACAACACGGCCUGGGCAUUCAAUGAAAGUGACAUGAAGGUCUCCGAUCAAGAAAUGAAACUAGAUUUGGAAGCCAAAUACGCGAUGAAACGCGCAAAACAGAUGGCUUAUACGCGGAUAGGUCGGUCAACGCGGAGAAGAGAAAACCGCGGAGAGGAGAGGACCGCCCUGUUGGCGGCAGACGCUUACCCUGUAGAAGUGGUGUAGACAUGGAAACUAUGGACAGUGGGCAUCUUAGAUACUAUGGAAAAUGGGAGCAUCUAAGAAACUAUGGAAAAUGGGUUCAUCUAAGAAUCUAUGGAACAUUUGUAUAUACAAUGAAAAUUGGUGCCAUCUUCAAACUAUGGUAAUGUUUAUUACUAUGGAAUGGUGCAAUCUUAAAAAACUAUGGAAAAUAUUUAUACACUAGGAGAAAUGGCGCAAUCUUAGAAACUGCGGAAAAUUUGUUUAUUCUAUGGAAAAUAUUGCCAUCUUAGAAACUAUGGACAUUUUGUUUAUACCAUGGAAAAUAUUGCCAUCUUAGAAACUAUGGAAAAUGUUUAUACACUAUGGAAAAUGGUGCCGUCUUAGAAACUAGGAGAAAUGUUUAUAUGUUAGGGGAAAUUGGGCCAUCUUAGAAACUAUGGAAAAUGUUUUAUACUAGGGAAAACGGUGUCAUCUUAGAAACUAUGGAGAGUGUUUAUAAUUUAUGGAAAAUGGUGCCAUAUUAGAAACUAUGGAAAAUGUUUAGAUAUUAGGUAAUAUGAUGCCAUCUAAGAAACUAUGGAAAAUGUUUAUAUAUUAGGGAAAAUUGGGCCAUCUUAGAAACUAUGGCAAAUGUUUAUAUACUAGGAAAAACGGUGCCAUCUUAGAAACUAUGGAGAGUGUUUAUAAACUAUGGAAAAUGUUUAUAUAUUAGGCAAUAUGAUGCCAUCUAAGAAAUUAUGGAAAAUAUUUAUAAACUAUGGAAAAUGGUGCCAUAUAGAAACUAUGGAAAAUGUUUAUAUAUUAGGUAAUAUGAUGCCAUCUAAGAAAUUAUGGAAAAUAUUUAUAAACUAUGGAAAAUGGUGCCAUAUAGAAACUAUGGAAAAUGUUUAUAUAUUAGGUAAUAUGAUGCCAUCUAAGAAAUUAUGGAAAAUGUUUAUAUACUGCGAAAAUGGUGUCAUCGUAGAAAUUAUGGAGAAUGUUUAUAAACUAUGGAAACGUGUGCCAUAUUAGAAACUAUGGAAAAUGUUUAUAUAUUAGGUAAUAUAAUGCCAUCGUAGAUACUACGAAAAAUGUUUAUAUAUUAGGUGAUAUGAUGCCAUCUAAGAAACAAAGGAAAAUGUUUACAUGGCAGCAAGGGAAAAUGGUGACAUCUUAGAAACUAUGGAAAAUGUUUGUAUGUUAGGGAAUAUGGUGCCAUCAAAGAUACUAUGAAAAAUGUUUACAUACAAGGGAAAAUGGUACCAUCUUAAAAACUAUGAAAAAAGUGUAUACACUUUGGAAAAUAUUGCCAUAUUAGAAACUACGGAAAAUGUAUAUAUGCUAGGGAAAAACUGGGCCAUCUUAGAAUUUAUAAAAAAAAUCUGGUCAGCUUAGUUACUAUUGAAAAUGUUCAUUUACAGUAACUGUGGAAAAUGUGCCAUCUUAAAACCAUGGAAAAUGUUUAUUUACCAGGAGAAUGGUGCCAUCUUAGAAAUCAUAAAACAUGUUUAUAUACUAUCGAAAAUGGUGCCAUCGUUGAAACUACGGAAAUGUUUAUACAUAAGGGAAAAUUGGGCCAUCUUGGAAACUAUGGAAAAUGCUUAUAUAUUAGGGGAAAUUGGGCCGUCUUGUUAAAACACGUAUGGUACGAUCGCUUUUUCGAUUUAAUAUAUUCAGUAGUUGUAUUCUAAAAAUAAAGCAGUUGUUGGUUAUUUUAGGCAAAGCGUAUAUACUUUAGAAAAAAAUAUCUGUUUAAAUAUAAAUAUAUUAAAUAUAAAUUGUGUUACCAUAAAUAUUACCUGAUAUUUUGAUCUAACGAUAUUUGUCGUAUGAAUGCUGACUGCAUGAUCUCUAUGAAGUUAAUUGACUUGUAUAUACUGAUUUGAUACUGGGAUGCAUUAUUUUGUAAAUAACCAUUUCUAAAUUCCAAAUAGACGAAGGAGGUACCAGAAUUGUUAAGUUCAGGAGCUGAGCAGGGAUGAAACAAAUGUAGAUAGUUUUCUGAAGCAAAGAACAAUUAUUUAUGAAAAUUGUUUAAACGUGAAAUAUUUUAUUUUUUAUUGUCAGUGUUAUAAUUAAUUUUAAAACACUAACAUAGUUAUAUAUAAGCACUAUUACUGCCAUAAAUAACUCGUACAAUACUUUUACAUUAUGCCAUUAAAAUAAACCUCAGUCUUUUCUUGGAUGCAAAUUGAACUCAAACCAGGAAUAAGCUUCAAAUCCUUUUGUUUAUAACAUUAUUUAAGUUCAUAAUUUCGGACAAUGUGUAAAUAUUCGGACAAAUAAAAAAGUCAUUUUCGUCGUAGCAAUGUUCGAUUUGUUUGAUCAAAUGUAUGGUUGUAUUAUCAGAUUCAUUUCAAUAUUCAUCGAGUCUUCUGAUUUAUGGCUUAAUGCUGCACUCUUACAGAUUUACCGUUUUGACAUUUUUUUAAUUAUUUGUCUUGGAAUGGGCCAGUUUUUGCGUACAUAUCAGCAAAUAUAAGACUGCUGACAAGAGAUCAGAUCGCAGAUUUUCAUAUUUCCGUUCGAACAAUAAUAUUUCGUGGCUACAAGCGUUACUAACGGUUUAAGAAAAAUGCAUAAAACAUCAUUUUUUUUAACUUAAAUAUGAAAAUCUGCAUUUUGUCAGCAGUCUUACAUCACUGGUUUACAUGCAUUUUCGCAUAAAUUGGCUCGAUGCAAGACAAAACAUAAAAAAAGUUGUCAAAACGUUCAAUCUGUGAGAACGCAGCUUUAAUAACUCUCAGGAUAGCACGAAAUGGACUAUGUUAGUUUAAAAAGGCAAGAUUAACUGAUAUUGUGAUAUGUUUUACUUUUAUGUAUAGAAAAUGUAACUAGUUAAUUACUUGUUCUCAUAAUCCAUGACUCGUUCAAAGCAUAUGAUCAAUAUAAAAAAGUGCAAUAUUUAACGUUUUUCUUGUGUGUUGUAAGUUUUUACAUAUUUAUACUAUUAUUUUUUAUGCAUCACCUUUUGCUGAUUAUAUAUUUAGUUAGCUGUAACGAUAUGUUUAAAUCGCGUGUAAUUCUUCACAGCAAAAAUCAUUGGAAUUCAUUUGUCUUAAUGCUUUCUGUUGGUUUAUAUAGAUUUAUCAAUGAAAUAAAAAUGAUAUUUCACA